AUGAGAUUAAUAGUUUUAUCAAUUUUUUGUAUUUGUAUAACAUUUACAACUGCAAUUGGAUUCAAAGGAAAGAUUGAAGGCAUACCAUCAGUGAAUGAACUUUACCACACCAAGAAUAAAAUUGUUCCCAACGGAGAUAAUUAUAACAACAGAAUAUCAGUUGAUUUAUAUCCUUUAGACUCAUUCACACCCAUUUCAACGGUGGUCGAUUCUAAAUACAAUUUUAAAUUUAAUAACUUGGAACCAGGUGAAUAUGAAUUACUUGUGAAUUCGUAUGAUUUUGGUUUUGAACAAAAUAGAUUCAAGAUAAUCGCUGAUGAGGAAUCAAUUGUUGCUUAUGAACAUGGGAUUGGUCAAGAAACUUACAAUACCACCUCCCUUACUAAUCUUAAUGAAAAACCAUUGUCUAUCAAGUAUCUUGCUACAAAAGAGUUUUACGAAUAUCACGGCGGGAGUCUUAGUGAUUUGUUGAUGAAUAGUCCAUUUGGAUUCAUAUUCAAGAACAAGUAUAUGACUAUUGUGUUUACUGCAUGUCUUGCAAUUAUGGCUGCCCCAUACAUUCUUCAAGUUGUUAGCCCCGAGUUUGCUGCGGAAUUGAAUCAAAUUCAAACACAAACAGCUAAGGAAAGACUAGGUGAAAAAGUUAUCGAGUCACCUGAACCUACAAUUAAAUCUACAGGUGUUAACAAAUCUCAAGGUGCUAAAAAGAGACGAUAG